CCCGUCACUGAUCUAUUCUCCCACACAAACUUUAGUUACCAUGAACUUCUUCAAGGCAGACAAGUCAACGCAGUAUGUGUCUGUAGAAGAGAGCUCCGAAUGUAGCGAAGACCAGCUGCCUUUGCGAAGAAGGCCCUCGUCGCCGAUUGUGUCAGUUUCUAGGUCUUAUUACUUCAUUUCAUUGCUAUUAUUUGCCAUUUUCCCUAUUCUUGUCAUUGCCUUGUUUGUUCUUCACACUCGGCUAGCAGGCGCUCGCAUCGACAGCGGAUUCCUCAAAGGCUUCCCUACCGAACUAGAACCAAUCAAAGGUGUACUUGCCAGUGAAACAGUACGUUUCACUGGUGGCCUUCACUUCUACAAGAAUGGGACCCUGUACCGUGAGGUAAUUGAAGGACAGCCUCAAUACGUCGGGCCUCCAUCGCCAGAGAUUGAUGCAGCAUGGAAGAGUCUGCUAAAAGGCCAGUACAUGAACCUUGUUGGGAGCGAAGCAUCGAGCAUGGCUGGGCGCACGUGGAAAGACAGCCACGGCAACUACGAGGUGGCUUUAGAUGUGAUGCAUACCCUCCAUUGCGUGAACAAAGUGAGGAUGGCUCUGGAUCCAGAUUAUUACAAGGAGGAAGAAAGCCCCAGAAUUCACAGGAUGCACGUUGACCACUGUCUUGACUAUCUUAGGCAGACGGUACAAUGUCACGGUGACCUGACUCCCAUGGUUUUCAGCUGGUCGGAUGAUGCCGGCAGGGUUGUUGCCGACUGGAAAGAACCUCACACAUGCCGCAACUUUAACCGUGUUCGCAGUUGGGCUGAAGACCACUUCCGCCCAUGAACCACGUAUUGUACUCAUUUUACUCAGCCCAUUCAUACGGUUUAUUUCAUAGCAAACUUUAUCCCAAAUAUCGUUAAAAGGCUCCAGUUUAGGACUCAAGAUCUAGGAGCGCAUCUGAUGAAGUAUUUAUUUCUCAGUUGUAGACAACGUACUAGUAGAAUGGAAGAGUGGAAUAGUAUUCGGGU